AUGCGAAAGUUGGAAUGGGACGACAUGGCAGCGAAGGUUGAUGGUCGGCAGCUACACCUUUUGCGCUUUGCUGAUGACAUAGUACUGAUAACACCUAGCAUCAGCCAAGCGGAACGAAUGCUGACUGAAUUCGACGAAACAUGUGUAUGCAUUGGUCUUCAGCUGAAUCUGCAAAAGACGAUGUUCAUGCGCAACGGAUGGCUCUCGGAUGCCCCAUUCACGCUCAACGGAACGAACAUAUCCGAAUCCACCAGCUACGUUUAUCUGGGUCGAAAACUGAACAUGAUGAACGACCUGACCCCCGAGCUGGGCAGGAGGAGACGAGCGGCUCGGGGAGCGUAUAAGAGCGUCGAGGAUGUAGUGAAGAAGACCAGGACCACUCGCUCGCUCCUUCAACACCACCGCACUUCCUGCUUUGACCUAUGCUUCGGAAACCUGGGCAUUUCGCAGGCAGAAAGAAAACGCGGUGGGGGUCAUUGA